AUGGAGCAGGGCGGGCGCCGCCGGGCCUUCGGCAGCAUCUGCCCCAACAGGGUCCGGGGUCCGCCCGCCAGCCUCGCCAAGAAGCCGGCCCGGCCUGGCGGGGGCACGGCGGGGACCCCUCCGGCCGCCCUGAGCCCCCGGGCGCCCCCGCCCCGCCCGCGCCGUAGCGGCGCCCCGCCGGCCCCCGCCGCACCCGCCCUCGACACAUCCACCUUAUUGCCACUGCCACUGGACUGCACUGACUUUGAUUUCUCACUUGGUGAGGAGGUGGCCUUUGGCUCCUGCACCCCACAGCUGGAGAGCAGCAUGCUGGCACAGAUGCCCCCACAGCGUCUGCUUUCCCCCAAGGCUUCCCCCAAGGCAUGCUGGAGGGGCCUGGCAGGCCAGCACCAGAAAUCACUGGGAGAUGCCCUGGAGGCAAAUAGCCAGCUGCGGGAGACCCUCACACAGAGGCAGGAGGAGCUGGCAACGCUGCAGGAGAGCAACGUGCAGCUGAAGGAGCUGGCGAGCCAGGCCAGGCAGCUGGCUGCCAUCCUUGAGACGCUGGUGCUCCCGCAGCGCGCCGACGGGGCGGCCCUUCCUCCUGCUCUUCAUCCUCCACCUCCUCUUCAUCCUCCGCCUCCUGGUCCCGCCGCCGCCAGGAUGUGGGGCGGGCGCGGGCGGCCGGAGCCGUGGGAGGAGGCGGCGGGCGUGGACGCCAUGCUGCGGCAGGUGUCGGAGCAGUGCCGCGCUGCCCUGCGGAGCCUAGGGACCAGCCCGGGGGACGGCCGUGGGUGCAGCCCGGGGACCAGCCCCACGGCCAAGCGCCCGCGGCCGGCCCCGCGCUUGCACGGCGCCUUCCGCGGGCUGCGCACCGGCGGCGCCGCCCCACCGGCGGGCCCCGGGGGGCUGGAGGGGGGCGGCAGCCUGCGGGCGGCGCUGGGGGAGGGGGGCGGCAUCCGCACCCUGGCCUUCCCGCAGGGCAACGCCUUCACCCUCCGCACCGCCGCCGGCGGGUACCGCUUCCGCUGGGUGCCGCGCUGA